GGAGACUCCGGGCGCUGGGAGUUGAGAACAACUUUUAUUUUGAAGAGGCCAACGUAAGGGAGGGGGGGCUUUAUUUCCUGACAGCUAUUUACUUAGAGAAAAUGAUUAGUUUUAGAAGGAUGGACUAUAACAUCGAAUCAAUUCCAAAACUCGGGUUUUGAGCGCGUUUGCAGUCGGCGCUACGAGGAGAGGACCGGAGGAAGGGGCCGCGGCAGAGUUUUGCAGGCCGUGGGCACCCUUUUUGCUCCAUGUGUAGGAUUUUCAUUGCAGACUGACCUACGAGGAGAAGUUUUCCAGAGCUAUGGGGACUUCCCAUCGGACGUUCCUGGUCCUAGGCUGCCUCCUCACAGGGCCCGGCCUCAUCCUCUGCCAGCUUUCAGUCCCCUCUAUGCUUCCAAACGAAAAUGAAAAGGUCGUGCAGCUGAAUUCGUCCUUUUCUCUGAGAUGCUUUGGGGAGAGCGAACUGAGCUGGCAGUACCCCAUGUCUGAAGACGACAACCCCAACGUGGACAUCAGAAACGAGGAGAACAACAGUGGCCUCUUUGUGACGGUCCUGGAAGUGGCCAGCGCCUCGGCAGCCCACACGGGCUGGUACACUUGCUACUACAACCACACGCAGACGGAAGAGAGCGAGCUCGAGGGCAGACACAUCUACAUCUAUGUGCCGGUGGAGCUCUACAACGGGUCUGCGGCCCUGCGGGGUCAUCUCCUGUUCGUCGUCUCACACACAACAUCAGAACUCGAUCUGGAAAUGGAAGCUCUCAAAACCGUGUACAAGUCAGGGGAGACCAUCGUGGUCACCUGUUCGGUCUUCAACAACGAGGUGGUUGACCUUCAGUGGACCUACCCGGGCAUGGUGGUAGGUACCCCUAGACGUGGAGGGGCUUCAGCAGAGCGCAGCGGGGUGCAAAGACCUGAGCUCGAGUUCUGCCUGUCCCUGACCUUCUGUGGACCUUCACUUCCCAUCUCUACAAUGCGCACAUUUGAUCGGAUGGCCUGCAAGGUUUCUCGAUCAGUGGGAGAGUUUGAGAUGAUGCUAGCUGGACCAGGGCCUUCAGGAUGCACAAAGAGCGUGCGCCGAGUCUUCUUUUUCAGAAGUCAGAAAGAAACAGGAAGGUCCUUUGGCAACAUAACAACCAAAAAAAAAAAAAAAUCAGAAAGCAACUGGAUUGUCUCCAGUCUGCUAAUUGUUGGGACAGUCAUUCAUUCUCACUGCUCUCCCAUGCCUUUGGGUUUCGAGGCAUCAGAUAGUGUUGGUUGCCCGCUCCCCUUCCUUUUCUGCUUUGCUGGCACCCGGGACCCUGUGCCAUCCUGUAAAUUUCUUGUAAAUGUUUUGGCUUUUUUGCAAAAACAAAAUUUAAAUGAAGACUGUCGUUGCUUAAAUGAUGGGAAUUUAUGUAGCUACUGCUUGUUGAAACAAAAUCCUUUUCUCUUAAGAUAUCGAAGCAAGUUAAAGCUGAUCCGUGCAAAGGAAGAAGACAGCGGCCACUACACUAUUGUCGUUCAAAACGAGGACGACAUGAAGAGCUACACGUUUGAGCUGUUAACUCAAGUGCCCCCCUCCAUCCUGGACUUGGUUGAUGACCACAACGGCCCGACAGGGGCCCAGACGGUGCAGUGCACGGCCGAAGGCACGCCCCUGCCCGACAUCCAGUGGAUGAUCUGCAAGGAUAUCAAGAAGUGUAAUAACGAAACUUCCUGGACCAUGCUGGCCAGCAACGUGUCAAACAUCCACAUGGAGCUGCGGCCCCGGGGCAGGAACACCGUGGAGGGCCGGGUGACGUUCGCCAAAGUGGAGGAGAUCAUCGCAGUUCGCUGCCUGGCCAAGAACCUCCUAAGCGCUGAGAGCCGAGAGCUGAAGCUGGUGGCGCCCACCCUGCAUUCGGAACUCACGGUGGCAGCCGCGGUGCUGGUGCUGUUGGUGAUUGUGAUCAUCUCCCUUAUUGUCCUGGUUGUCAUUUGGAAACAGAAACCGAGGUAUGAAAUUCGCUGGAGGGUCAUCGAGUCGAUCAGCCCUGACGGACAUGAAUACAUCUACGUGGAUCCCAUGCAGUUGCCUUACGACUCCAGAUGGGAGUUUCCGAGAGAUGGACUCGUGCUCGGUCGCGUCCUGGGAUCCGGGGCAUUUGGGAAAGUGGUCGAAGGAACAGCCUAUGGGUUAAGCAGGUCCCAGCCUGUCAUGAAAGUCGCCGUGAAGAUGCUGAAACCCACGGCCAGAUCCAGUGAGAAACAAGCUCUCAUGUCUGAACUGAAGAUAAUGACCCACCUGGGCCCACAUUUGAACAUCGUGAACUUGCUGGGAGCAUGCACCAAGUCAGGUCCCAUUUAUAUCAUCACUGAGUACUGCUUCUACGGAGAUCUGGUCAACUAUCUGCAUAAGAAUAGGGACAGCUUCCUGAGCCACCACCCAGAGAAGCCAAAGAAGGAGCUGGACAUCUUUGGAUUGAACCCCGCUGAUGAAAGCACUCGGAGCUACGUUAUUUUAUCCUUUGAAAACAAUGGUGACUACAUGGACAUGAAGCAGGCCGACACUACACAGUACGUGCCUAUGCUGGAAAGGAAAGAGGUGUCCAAGUAUUCCGACAUCCAGAGAUCCCUGUAUGACCGCCCAGCCUCAUAUAAGAAGAAAUCCAUGUUAGGUAAGAGUGUCUGUUCGCACUCUGGGUAUUGUGCUCUUGCAGUGGCUUCAUACGAUACUUACAACCAGGGCUCCUCAAACUUGUCAAACAGGGGGCCAGGUCACUGUCCCCCAGACCGUUGGAGAUUUGAGGACACCUGCUUAAAACAUUCAGAGGAAGCUGAUUUCCUCCUUCCUUCCCUGCAGACCUUCCUGCCGGUCAAGUGGAUGGCGCCCGAGAGCAUCUUCGACAACCUCUACACCACGCUGAGCGACGUCUGGUCCUACGGCAUCCUGCUCUGGGAGAUCUUCUCCCUCGGUGGCACGCCCUACCCCGGCAUGAUGGUGGAUUCUACUUUCUACAACAAGAUCAAGAGCGGGUACCGGAUGGCCAAGCCGGACCACGCCACCAGCGAAGUCUACGAGAUCAUGGUGAAGUGCUGGAACAGUGAGCCGGAGAAGAGACCCUCCUUUUACCACCUGAGUGAGAUUGUGGAGAAUCUGCUUCCUGGACAGUAUAAAAAGAGCUACGAGAAGAUCCACCUGGACUUCCUCAAGAGACACCCGGCCGUGGCGCGCAUGCGCGCGGACCCGGACGGCGCCUACGUGGGCGUCGCCUACAAGAACGAGGAGGACAAGCUGAAGGGCUGGGAGGGCGGCCUGGACGAGCAGAGGCUGAGCGCCGACAGCGGCUACAUCAUCCCGCUGCCCGACAUCGACCCCGCGGCGGAGGAGGAGGAGGACCUGGGCAAGAGGAACAGACACAGCUCCCAGACCUCCGAGGAGAGUGCCAUCGAGACGGGCUCCAGCAGCUCCACCUUCAUCAAGAGGGAACGAGACACCAUUCGAGGACCAUCGAAAAAGGAUCACACGCAUGACUCCUCGGACCUGGUAGAGGACAGCUUCCUGUGA